GUUGGGCGCAGCCUCUCCUAUUGUCCCGCCCCUCGCGCCGCUGCAUUCUAGCCUGAGCCGCCGCGGCAUCUCUGCGGGCGGGUGGGAGAGUUGGUGCUGAGCCCCCGGCAGGCUAGCGAGCGUCCACACUUGUCCUACCACGCGAGCCGGCUAGUUGGGAGCCAGGCUCCAAAGUCGGCGGCCGCGAACAGCGGUGGAGCCGUGCAGCCUGCGCGCCGCUGUCACCGGGGUCUGAGGAGGGUACAGUGAUAUCGUGAGAGAAGAUGGGAAAGGGCUGCAAGGUUGUGGUUUGUGGAUUAUUAUCUGUUGGGAAAACUGCAAUUUUGGAGCAGCUCCUUUAUGGGAAUCAUACUAUUGGAAUGGUAGACUGUGAAACAAUGGAAGAUGUCUAUAUGGCUUCAGUGGAAACAGAUCGAGGAGUAAAGGAACAGUUACAUCUUUAUGACACCAGAGGCCUACAGGAAGGUGUGGAGCUGCCUAAGCAUUAUUUCUCAUUUGCUGAUGGCUUUGUUCUUGUGUACAGUGUGAAUAACCUUGAAUCCUUUCAAAGAGUGGAGCUUCUGAAAAAAGAAAUUGAUAAAUUCAAAGACAAAAAAGAGGUAGCAAUUGUUGUAUUAGGAAACAAAAUUGACCUUUCUGAGCAGAGACAAGUGGAUGCUGAAGUGGCACAGCAAUGGGCAAAAAGCGAGAAAGUGAGACUGUGGGAGGUAACUGUUACAGACCGGAAGACUCUGAUUGAACCGUUCACGUUAUUGGCCAGUAAACUUUCCCAACCUCAGAGCAAAUCGAGCUUUCCUUUGCCUGGGAGGAAAAACAAAGGGAACUCUAGCUCUGAGAACUAAAAAUAUAUAAUUCCACAAUUGUUGAAUAGUGAUUCCCUUUUAAGGGUUUGUGAACAUGAAAUAAGAUUGAUAAUUAAAAUAGGCGAUUUCUGUCUACCUUUGUUCCCUAAAAAAAUCCUUAAAGGAAGUACAUGCAUGUUAGAGGUUAUGAUUAAAUUAUUUGGGCUAAGUUUAUUAUUGCCUGAUACAUUUUCAUUCUCAUCUUUUGAAACCUGUCCCUGAAAUUAGCACCUUUGUUAUCUGUUGCACUUGUUGGAACAUUAAAAGUUUGGUUAGUAUGCAAAUGCACCUAUGUGUAACUUCUCCCCAACUGCAACCUGUUCAGAAGCUGUUAUAUUGUACUGAAUACAAACUCCUUAGCUCAAAAAUAAUUGUUUGAAAAAGUUCAUUGGUCAUCUAAUGUCUAGUAUUAUAAAACUUACUUUGUGUUCAAACUGGACUAAAAACACUGAACAAUUUAAGUGCUAAGUAAGCUAAAUUUUAUGUCAUGGAGAGUCUGUUAAAUAAACCCAAACUUGUAAAUUUGGUUUGCCCAAAUUACAAAGUUUAGAAUGACUUGUGGACCUAGGUGGUUUAAGUAGGCUCCUUACAUUCAAAGGCCUUUUUUUUUUUUUUUCCAGUCAGACAUUGAUAAACUGGGGCAAACUGUUUCUUCUGUUUGAAAAUGGCUAAGCACUUAAAGACAGUAAGGCUUUUAUUUUCCAGAGGGAAUACUGUAUCUUCUGUAAUAGCUUUCUAGAUAACCUAGUCAUGUGCAAUAAAAUUUAUCAUAAAAAUAUUGGGCUAUGGGUGAUCUUAACAUUAGUUAUCUGAGUUUAUGCUAUGGUUCUGUAAAGACUUUGGCAAUAUCUAAACAAUGUGUCUAACUGUAUUUAGGAAAUUGAUCAUUUUCUUUCUUUUUUUGGAGACAGUCUCUCUGUUGCCCCAGGCUAGAAUGCUGUGGCAUAAGCCUGUCUCACAGUAAUCUCAAACAGCUGGGUUCAAACACCUCUGCCUCAGCUUCCUGAGCACCUGGGACUACAGGUGCCUGUUACAAUGCUUGGCUAAUUUUUCUAUUUUUAGUAGAGACUGCAUCUUGCUGUUGCUCAGGCUGGUCUUGAACUCCUGAACUCAAGGAAUCCUCCUGCUUUGGCCUUCCAGAGUGCUAGGCUUACAGCAGUGGACCACCACACCCAGCCCAUUUUUGAAAUCUUUGUAAGUUUCUUUUUUUUUUCCCCACCGCAUUUUAUUAGUUAUUGUGUUAAGACACUUACACUCUACACUUAGUAAAUUUAACAUGGUGGGUUAGGUUAUUUAACCUUUUAAAGACACCUCAAAAUAUAUUCAGUUGUAUAAAGCAUCAAUGUUAAUAUAAAUAAUAAAGUAUACUUAUUAAAUGUGCAUUAUUGGCCAGGUGUGGUGGUUUAGGCCUGUAAUCUUAGCACUCUGGGAGGAUCCCAUGAGGUCAAAAGCUGAAGUUUGAUGGCUUGGUGGUUAGGGUGCCGGCCACAUACACCAGGGUAGGCGGGUUCAGGGGCUGCCAAAGAAUGACAACUGCAACAAAAAAAUAGUUGGGCAUUGUGGUGACCACCUGUAGUCCCAACUGCUUGGGAGGCUGAGGCAAGAUUCUCUUAAGCCUAAGAGUUUGAAAUUGCUAUGAACUAUGGUGCCACAGCAUUCUAUUGAGGAUGACAUAGUGAGACUCUGUCUAUAAAUAAAUAAAUAUAUAAAUAAGAGCUGAAGUUUGAGACCAACCUGAGCUAGAGUAAGACUCCAUCUCUACAGAAAAAUAGCCAGGCAUGGGGUGGCCUGUGCUUAUAGUCCAGCUACUCAUGAAGCUCAAGCAAGGAGGACUCCUUGAACUUAGGAUGAGCUAUGAUGGUCCCACAGCACUUUAGGUAUGGUAACAAAGCAAGAGUCUCUCUC